AUGCCUUUGGAAAUCAUCAUUAUUGGAGGUGAGUCGCUCGACCAGCGAUCACAUCGCACGAUUUGCUGUUCGGACCCCGAGUUGACCUCCGAGUUCUCUGUCCUCACUAGCCGGAAUUGCCGGACUUGCCGCAGCGCGAGCUUUGCGCGAGCAGCACAAUGUCACCGUUCUCGAGCAAUCGCGCAUGAAGUCCGAGAUCGGUGCAGCCAUCCAUCUUGGUCCCAACGCUUCUAAAAUCGCGCUGCAGUGGGGCCUCGAUUUGGCCGCCCUCAACAGCCCCGAGGUGCAGUCGGUAGGUCCGAAAUCGUACAUGAUCGGUCCCCCAGUGUCACGAGAGACUUUUUCUGACUUCUGUGAUAUUCAAAUUGACAGUACGUGGAGAAGAGUGCCAAAGGUGAUACCUUGAUCGCCGUUCCGAGCGAUCCCCGAAAGGGGUUCGGCGCGCCUUGGUUGCUCAACCACCGUGUCGACUUGCACAACGAGCUCCGAAGGAUGGCCACUACUCCUGAUUUGCCCGGCAAGCCCGCCGUGAUCCAAACCGCUGCCAAGGCUGUCUCUUUUGUGAGUGCAUUUCGCCUAGUCUCGUCAAACGAUCCGAAAACUCACAUCUCAUCUCGUUCGGUGCCCUUCAGGACUGCGAAGCCGGAAAGGUCACGCUCGCGGACGGCCAAGUGCUCAAGGCUGACAUCAUCAUCGGGGCCGAUGGCAUCCACUCGAUUCUUCGAACCGAGAUUCUCGGCGCCGAGCGAGUUGCCCAACCUUCCGGUUACAGUGCGUACCGCUGCUUGAUUCCCCGGGAAUCCGUCGAGAAGGUCCCUGCCAUGGCCUCGUUGCUCAGCCUGAACCCGCCCACUUUGACGACCUUCGUCGCCUCCGACCGUCGAGUGGUCGCAUACCCGUGCCGAGGUGGUAGUUUGCUCAACAUUGUCGCUAUCGUGCCGGACGAGAAGAUGAACGAGGACAGUGUCGAGUCGUGGAACGCCGAGGGUUCGAUCGAUGAGAUGAUCGAGGCCUUCAAGGAUUUCCAGCCCGAGUUGCUUGAUUUCCUUCGGUCAGUCUACUUUGCCAACGCAGGCACCUACUUAUCUUAUAUUCUCUGCAUGGCACACUGCUGACAGCCUGAUUUUCUCUGCGCUCCUCACAGUACUGCCCCGUCGUGCGGUCUCUGGCAAUUGCGCGACCAAGACCCGUUGAAGACAUGGACCAAGGGACGUGCCAUUUUGAUUGGUGACGCCGCCCACGCCAUGCUUCCCCAUCAGGGUCAAGGAGGAGGACAAUCCGUCGAGGACGCCGAGGCUCUCCAGGUCGUCUUGGCCUCCGCAGGACCGGAGGAUGAUAUCCCUGCGUUGCUCGAGCUCGUCCAGAAGGUUCGCUACGACCGAGCAUCCAAGAUUCAGGGCUACUCGCGCGAGAAGGCGAUGGGCCCUCGACCAGGAACGGAGGAGAUGGGCGUCAACGUUCAUCAAUUCGUCUCGUACAACUUUGGGUAUCAAGGCGCAGCCAAAUGGGCCGAGGCCAACGGAAUUUCGUUGAAGGCUUGA